GCCCCCUCCAUACGCGAUGUGGCACAAGUAUUCGUUAAGCGCGAACGCGAGGCGAUGGACCUCAAGCGCACCCUGUAUACACUUAAUGAACAGCUCAAGGCAGAACGCCAGCGCGCGGACGCGGCAGAGGCCAAGACGCGCGAAGUCCUCAAUCUCUUCAAGAAUGCGAAUGAGGCCAAGAACAUCGCGGAGCAGGAAGCCGCCCGCGCAAACGAAGGUUUGCGACUGUACAAACUCCAGUACGAGAACGCGCGGGAGGAGAUACGGAGGGCGCAGAACUUGAUUGAUGCGCUAGAGGCCCAGCGGGUGUACGCAGAGGAGGCAGCGGCGCAGGCAAGGAGUACGGCGAGGAGGCUCAAGGAGGAGAAGAUUGUCAUGCGGGCAAGGGAGGAAGGUCGGAGACAGGGUCUCGAGGAGGGUAUGGCUCAGGGACGCUUCAUGGGCUACGAAGAGGGCAGGGCAGCAGGGUAUGAGCACGGACGAGUUGCUGCUGAGCGGGAACUCACGUCUGCUCCCGUCACGGAGAUGGAUUAUGAAACUCCUCGAGCGCAAGAUUAUCAACCCCCCCGGGUUUCGAGGCCAUUCACAUCUGAAGACUCAGACCAAAAUGGUACCCCGGACUAUACCCAGCCUAUAGAGGACACGGAGCCGAUACCACCCCCUACUCGUACGCCUGUACGCACACCCACUCCAGCCGAGGCCAUAGCCGUACAGCAGCCAGUUCCCGAGCAAGGUCCACUCCAUCCUAUACCCAUCCAUACCCCUAUGCUUUCGCCCUCUCAUGCCCCGGUAGACGUCCCUCCUGAUGGCUGGAUACCUAGCAUGGAUGGCGACAACCGCAUCCGCCUUCCUCCGCCACAUGAAAUGGCACCGCCGCCACCUACUACCCCGUCGCCGACGUUGUCGGCCGUGCUCAACAAUGUGAAGAAUAUUGAAGAGCCUCCUGCCAUAAUGAUCCCCCCUCCGGCUAAUCCAUCGGGCGAGGCCUCGAAUAGCAGAAUCAAACAUCGUCGGAGGCGGUCGACGGAUUCGCACUCAACGACCAUGUCACAGUUUGAGAUCCUUGGGCCUCCCUCAACCGCAACGGCACCCAGCACGCUCAGAAGCAACGUCAGAGAGCGCCCGAAUGUUCUUAGCGCCAUCGCCGAAGAACGAGAGAGGACGUCUUCUGCGUCCUCGCCUGUCUACGCCAUGCCUAACCUGUCCACACAGAGCUUCGGGAUGCCAGUACCAAGUCCUGGCAUGCCUGUGCCUUCGCUCCAACCUCCCACUUCCCAGGCCAACUCUGCCGUACCACCUCAAAAUCCCACGUACCCAGAUACCACACCUCGGUAUGUCAGAAGCGCCGAGAACCUUGCGCGCUCCGGCGACGACUACUAUAACAGAGCGAAUACCCCUCGAUAUGGCUCGGAGGCCAGCUAUCGCUCGGGCGGACAGAAUACUAGGUCACAGGAAGCGUUGCGUGACCGCGAACGCGAACACCUUGAACGAGAAAGAGAGCGGGAGCGCCUUGAACGCGAACAUCUUGAACGAGAUCGGGAGCGGGAACGUAUCGAGCGGGAACGGGAAAAAGAACGUGAUCGUAUGGAACGAGAACGCCUGGCGCGUGAGCGGGAGGCCUUGGAGCGGGAACGCGAGCGCGAGCGCAUAGAGCGUGAACGCUUGCAACAAGAGUGGGAACGUUUGGAACGAGAGCGAGAGCGCCUACGCGCUGGUCGAAGCCCAGGUGGAGGCAGGUAUGGUGACAACCCAGCUCGCAGGCAACCCAGUACGCAAAACAUCUACGCGCCGCCCCACUCACCUCACUCCUCUCCUGAGACUCCUACUUCGCGCACACCUGCAAUCAUCGUGCCUGCUCCCAGCUUGCGACAGCCAGCUUCAACUCUCGCGUCGGAGAACCGAGGAAGUAUGUCGUCAAACGAGAUCGUCAUCACCGUCCUGCCGCCGUCUCGUCCAGAGUCCAACGUCUCGGUAGCACAAACAGAAGGUGUGUUCCUCAGCGCAGACGAUGCGGACCGUCCUCUUCCGCCCCUUCAAGAAACUCCGGCGGAGACAACUCCAGCACCGUCAAACCCUGUCAUUCCCCCGGUGAUGUCGAAUGGGCCAUGGCCUCCGCCUGGAUUUGUUCCCACUGGCCCGCCGUCACCUGCAGGGAGUAGUGCUAUUGGUCCGGCAGGCGUUCCUCUGCCUCCGUCAAGUUACGGAGGCAGCACUGUUGGUGCAGCAGGUGUUCCCCUUCCUAGUUCCGUGUACGGCGGUACGCCUUCCGUUCGUUCGGAGGCUGUCAUUCCGGGUGGUUUCCCGGGCAGUAACGAAGGACCUCCGCCCGUCAUCCCCCUACAACCGUCGAGCCGGAGCUCGGGCUCUGCUGGCUCCACCCGCAAAGCUCAGGAACCGUACUCGCGCGCCAACAUCAAGCGCCGCGAGGACGACUCAGAUUCAAGCGUGUCUUCUGGACUGGGUUCUUCGGAUUCUCUGACAACGCCACCUGUACGCAACCGUAGAUUAUCUGGCCGCUCCACGCCGUCGUACGCCGCCGCUCCUAUCCCGGCGGGCGUUCAGUAUCCCGUCGUGCCCCCAACCCCUCGAUCGACCACAAGCAACAGCCAAGGAUCGUACACAAGUCGCGCGGCGCGCGUCCCACUUCCCGGCUCAGUCGCCGGUUCCGUCUCCGGCUCAGUGAUAGGCUCGAUGGUUGGAGGUGUUCCCCCGCGCUCUCGGUCCGUAAUCAGUGGCGGACGCCCGCCGUCCGCUACAGGCGCGGACAGGCCGCGCUCACCGAGGAUGGGCGGAGGUAGGAACUUGGCGUCGCCAAACAUGCAGUCUACUAGCCUGCCGUAUGACCCCGUCAUCCCCAUCCCCAUCCCGGAACCGUCUCCGAUCACUAUGCCUGUUCAAAUGCCUGCUUCACCAAGGCGUCCUACCACGCCGCUGGCUGACAUAGACCCCCCUCGGGUCAUUCCUCAAUUCACUCGUGCCCCUUCUCCAAUCGCAUCGGCCGUCAGCGCUGCUACGACAAACGCCACCAACACGACCAAGGGCAAGAAGGGUAAGAAAAAGCGGUAACGCGACCUUCCCUACCCAAACCUCUCCGGGUUCCUCCGCCAUGUGGUCCUGUCCUCCAGAAGAGCCAGCUGGUCCUCUUGCAAUCGCUUGGAUAACAACUUGAUCUGUAUAUUCUGU